AUGAGCGUCUACCUGAAGAGGGGCACCUCCCGACAACACCUCUCAGACGCCCCCUUAGAAUUUUUCAAAAGGGAAACGAAAAAUGGCGAAAGAGGAAAAAAUGCCUCCCUCAGUGAUGCGCACCAUCAGGGGAGCACACACCCCGCUAUUAAAGGAAAAAGAAACAGUCUUCCUUUUUUUGCAAAAUCAAAUGGGGAAGUGAUUCAAAUGGGAAGGGACAAAAUGAGCGGGCGAGCAUGCGCCCCGGCAAAGGGGAUGACAGAAAAAGGAAAAACAAAAUUUAGGGGCAAGGGCCAAAAGAAGGCGGCCUCCGCGAAUGCCUGUCUGGAGGGGAAAAUAUUCACCAUCGCUAGUUACGACUUUGUAGAGGUCAUUAGAAAGGCGCGGCGGGCCCAGGUGCGCGCUGAGGCCAGCUCCGAAGUGAUUUCCGAGACAGUGGCCUCCGAGGUGAUUUUGCAGACAGUGAGCCGAUCUGCCCAUGUCAGUUCAGGGGACACACUCCCCAGGAGCUGCCCCGUCGAGCGGGAAAUGUCCCUGCUGCUGCACCAAAUCGAAGGGGAAAAAAUGUCGACGGAAAAUCCCAUUGGGAAAGUAACAAAGUGGGAAGUAACCAUGUGCUUGAAGAAGCACAAGAAAAUAAAUAUCGCCUUCGUGGAGAGACACAAGAGGAAAAAUGGGAAAACAAGUUGGGCGAGAAAAGUGAAAAAAAUCUACUUGUCCCCAAAGGAAAGCACCUUCAGUCCCCUUAUGGAUAAAUACGUUCUCUACGAGGACGUGGUGAAAUUAGAAAGGCACCUCACUCGUCACUUGGCUCACAAGAACAUCGUAGUGAUGGAGUGUUGCUUUUGCCUUAAUGAUGAAAUUGUUAGUGUAUAUCCCUUCGGGGGGGUAUCCUUGAUGAGGUGGAAUAAGCGUGAGAAUCUCUUUCAGCUUCAGGGCAUGGAGGAGCAGAGGGGGAGGAGUCGUUGUGGGACCUUCCAUCGAUCAGCGGGCAGAAUGCCCCUGGACACCCCGUGCGGCCAGCACCCCCAUGAAGCACUACACGGAAUGAUCAAAGCGAAGAGAAUAAAGCGCACUUACGUCUACCCAGAGUACCUCCUCGCAGAAAUCCUACGGCAGCUCCUGACGGUGUGCCAAUAUCUGGACGAACAACAGAUCUUCCACAGUGACAUAAAACCAUCAAACAUUGUUGUAAAAAAUGUAAAAAAAAAAAAUAUGAACAAAAUAUAUUUCUGCAGAAGGGAUAAAAAAUGGUACUUGGAAAAAAGGGGCACAACGUUAAAAAGACGAAUUUUCGUCAAACUGAUUGAUUUUGAGCAUGCACAGAAAACAUUCCAAGGGAAAGUCAAUGUAGGUGGCACAACGUCCCUAUUUAAACCACUGGAGGAUUUUCAAAUGGGAAGAAUCAAUGCUUCGCCGAAGAUUGUAUGGACACUGGGAAUCACUCUUUUUAUUUUAUCCACGGGUGAACACCCCUUCAGUCGAAUUAACAAAGAUAUGCACAUUUGGUAUGUGUUGCAACACAAAGGGUUUGACGUGUGUAGGCGGUUCCGCAGGUACCCCUUCAUGUCGAGCUCCCUCAUGGACCUUCUCGCGCGCAUGCUACAGGUGGACUUCUCUCGCAGGGCGACUUUCCCCGAGUUGUUUCUCCACCCCUUCGUCCUCUUCGGCGAGGCGGUGAGGCGGAGCGGAGAGGAGCGCCCAUAA